AUGAAGCAGCAGAUGGUGGCCAGACUUAUGGAGGCCGCUCGCAGUGGGAGGGCACGAGAAGCGUGGGCGCUGCUGCUCGCCGGAGUGCCAAAGGACGCCCGAGACGGCUCAGGAAACACGGCGCUGCACCUGGCGGCCGACGGAGGGCACGCCAGCACUGUGAGGUACCUGCUCGAUGCGGGACUGGAUGCCAACAGUGUCAACUCGGAUGGGAGGACGCCCCUACACCUGGCAGCUCAGAGAGUGAACUCGGAUGUGAUAUGGAUGCUGGUGAGAGCGUCUGCACGAGUAGACGCUCAGGAUGCCACGGGGCAGACUGCACUCCACGUGGCUGCGGGUGUGGAUACUGGUGAAGAAGAUGAUAGAGUGCACGUAGUGAAUGCACUGCUCCUGGCGGGCGCGACAAAAGAUAUAACUGACGUAAAUAACCGGAGACCUGAGGACUUGGCAACCUAUUCAACACAUAGAGCUUUCAGCACUGAUUGCAGUCCUUACAUUGACUUGUAA